UAUCAAAUGUGGCAAGAGGAAAACCAACAAGCAUGUCAAGUAUUUAUAAGACAUACACAUCAGAUAAAGGUGUUGACGGUAAUGUUAAUCAGAGUUUUGAGGCAGACUCAUGUUUUCAUACUGGAUUAGAUCUAAACGCUUGGUGGCAGGUUGAUCUUACUGAAAUAUACAGAAUCACCAAAGUGGUUUUGUAUAAUAGAUUGUUUACUGAAAACGCUAAUCGAGCAUCUGAUUUGGAUUUGUUAUUUGGCACAACCUUGGAUACCAUCAUAAUUGUAAAGAAAGUCUUGGGGCAAAUCAAUGAUAUUCACUCAUUUACUUUUACCGACGACGAAAAGGCACGCUAUGUUAAAGUUAUGCUUCAAAACCAAAACUUUCUUCAUCUUUGCGAAGUGCAAGUAUAUGGAUAUGAUGUACUUCAACCGUCCAGAUAAACUAUUCGGCAUAGGAUUGACAGUUUUAUUUUUUACUAUAAUAGAAAUAUCAUAAAUGUAAGCUUUUGUUUAUUUAACUUUAAAAUAGAAUUGUCGUGUUAGUCAAUAAUUAAAUAGCCUUCAUUCACACUUGAAAGACAAAUAAUUAAUUUACCAGUCACUGGCUUUCAUAUAUAGUGAUCGUUGUCUUUUGUUGUUUCAUCCAACCAAGCUUCCUUUCAAUUCAAUCAAUAUUGAAUAACUAAUUGGAUGUUUAAUGAUGUUAUGCUUAACCAUUUCUGAACGGUGUAUUACUGUCAAGUAUGUCAGGUCAAGUAUGAAGACACAAGCGUACCAAUACCAAAAUAAUAUACAAGACAGUUGUAAUCAUAU